AUGUCUCUAACUCCCAAGAUCUACGGAUCAGUAUCCUCGACUUGUACCCAGCGGGUUCUCAUAGUCCUGGAGGAGCUAGGAAUCGACUAUGAACUCAUCUCAAUUGACAUGCGUGCCGGUGAGCAUAAGAGCCCCUCGUAUCUAUCUGAGCACAACCCGUUCGGAUACAUCCCAGCAUACCAAGACACAAACGUUAAGAUCUUCGAAUCACGCGCUAUCUGUCACUAUCUCGCAGUCAAACACGGCGGACAUCUGAUACCGCCGUCUAAUUCUGUACAGAUCGCCGAGUUCCAACAGGCGGCGAGUGUUGAGUACUCGUACUUUGAUCCACCGGUGAAGCAGUUGGCCUAUGAGAGUCUGUUUAAAAGUAUGAUGGGCCACGGCGAGCCCGACGCCAGUUUAGUGUCUCUCUACAAGGAUCAGAUACGGAAGUGUCUCGAUUACUACGAAGGCAUCUUGGAAAAACAGGAUUAUCUGGGAGGAACGGUAUGA